CGUUCUUCCUUAUUUAUGAGCAGAAGCUACAGAAAUUUCAUUUGUCAAUGAAACCACAAUGGUACCGCUGUAUUUGGUUUUAAGCAAAGCCUUCUUCAUAUGCGGCUUUUCCAUAGGAAGGGUUCCGUUCGUCUUCUCCGUGCAACUGGAUCUCGACGCAUAUCAGCUCCCCGAUAACGACUACCAGGAUGACCUUUCCGUCCUUACCCGACAUGUAGCGCCAACACUGCCACUCCCACGAUUACUUUCCUUGUCGCCAUUGUCCCGCGACUACGAAUCUUUGCCGGCGUGGAUUAAGCAAGAGAUUCUCUGGAGAAACAUCGCAGCAAAACCUUAUCAGUCUAACGCUCUACCAACUGAAUGUCACAAACCUCCAGUGUCCGAUCAGUUGUUUAAUCAGAGUUUUGUAAUCAUGUCGUUCAAAAUGAGCGGGGAUGAAUUCCCCAUGGACCGACCUAAACUAACGCAUACAUAUGGAAGCAGCGGAAAAGUGCUGCUACAGAUAUUUCCUAAUUCCUCCUACACCGGAGUGUUCAAGGCGGGUGCGCUUAUUCCUGGAAUUAUUCGAUUUUCUUUGGGUCCUUGUGACAUCAACAAUCCCAGCUUCAAACCGUCCUUCGCAAUGAAACUGCUCGUGGAUGGAAAGCCAUCGGAGAACAUUUUUACUUUUAAUAUCCAUGGUACCGAUGGUCAGGGAGACGACCGCAACGUUUUCUCUCUGCCGUUCUCCACUUUCCGUCCGGCUUCGCUCGAUCCCAACGUCACCAAAAUUUUGACCGUCCAGCACGAAGCACUAAAGCUUUUGCCGGGAGGGGACUGCCACCGACCGCUGGAUGAAAAUCGAUUGCCAGUGUACGACGCGGCAGCCGUCAGCACCGACACGAAAAAGGUAAAAGCGCCGACACUCCUCCGUUUCCUGCCUAAUGCGGUUGUCGGAUGGGACUCAAAGAGUAAAUUGGAUUACCGCGUUAACCUCUCCAAAGUCCGGCCGAAUUCCUUGCUGUACACGGUGGCUGCCAGAAAAACUGAAGAUGGGCGAGAUCAGAUUAUCGGCAAAUUGUGGUUGAUGAGCCAGUUGGUCGCCUCAGAAUACCAGGACAGGAAGCUGUUCUUUAAACAUUCUCCUCGAAGCUGUUAAAAACAUUUACUCUGCUGGCCUAGUCUGGUUCCCUUGUAGAGCUGCACUUCUUUCUAGUAAGCUUGGUUUAGAAUUACCGCUUCACUGACUUUAACUGUACUUUUAUACUUAA